AUGUCAAGAAAUGGCAAAAUAUUGUUCUCUGAUGUGGUGCAAACUAGGAAGAGAAACCACUUCUGGGGACGCAAAUGGAGGGACAUAGACGUUAAGAUGGGUAUGGGGAUUCUAAGCUUUCAUAUUCUUGCGUGUUUUGCACCCUUUACGUUCACUUGGAAGGCAUUUUGGACUGCCUUCUGCGCAUACGUGUUAAUGGGGAUAUUUGGUAUAACUAUCUCAUAUCACCGUAAUCUAUCUCACCGCAGUCUCAAGCUGCCCAAGUGGCUCGAGUACAUUUUUGCUUAUCUUGGAGUCCUAGCUUGCCAGAGGGAUCCAAUAUUUUGGGUGAGCAUUCAUAGAUUUCAUCAUCAAUACGUCGAAACAGAGAAAGAUCCACACUCUCCAACAUUUGGGUUCUGGUUUAGUCAUAUGGGCUGGCUCUUUGAUACCGGCUACAUUAUAGAAAAGUAUCAAGAACGUAACAAUGUAGAGGAUUUAAAGAGUCAAGCAUUCUAUAGGUUCCUUAGAAGAACUUAUGCAUACCAUUUAUUUGCAUACAUGGCCCUUAUUUACACUUUUGGUGGAUUCACCUACUUUGUAUGGAUUGUGGGUGUUUUCACCACAUGGGGUUACCAUGUGACGUGGUUAGUGAAUUCAGCUUGUCACAUAUGGGGAUAUCAAGCUUGGAACACCGGUGAUCUCUCCAAGAAUAAUUGGUGGGUGGCACUUCUUACUUUUGGUGAAGGAUGGCAUAACAAUCAUCAUGCAUUUGAAUAUUCAGCUCGACAUGGGUUAGAGUGGUGGCAAAUUGACCUUGGUUGGUAUUUUAUAAGGUUGCUUGAAGUAUUGGGGUUAGCCACCAAUGUUAAGUUGCCAACCGAAGCUCACAAACUUAAAAGGUCAUUUGUUUCUCUUAACAAGUUCAAAUGA